AUGGCUAAGAAGAAUAAAAGUAAAGGCAAUAACAGCAACAUUAAUCAAAAUAGGAAUAAUAGGGACCUUCGAACUGAUCCUGAAAAGCAAACUAUAAACCCAAUUUUUGGCCAAGCUCCAGCAUUUGCAAUAAAUGAUUCACUUGUUGAUCCACAAGUCGUCGCAUAUCUACGUGAUGUAAGGCAGGAAGCAUUAAGAACUACUGUAACUAGAAUACCCGAGCAAAAGAAAGUAAAGCCAAUUGUAACGGCUAGUAUGUACGAUGACGAUGAGAAGAUAGCUGACAAUACGCCGUUACGGUCUCGUUAUGAGAGUGACGUUACCCAGAUGAGUGCAACAAUGUCUGUUUUCCCUGAUAAACUGAUCCAAUUUAGACAAAAUAUGGAGCAAUGUAUUGAAUGGUUCAAAACGGCGAGGAAUAGUCUUAUACAAAAUGGAUACCGUUAUGAUGACACAACUCUGAAUCUUCUGGUAUACUAUUUCAAGAAAUACCUUGAGGAAAGAAACGAUCAAGAUGAUUAUGUAAAACAUCUCGCAGAAGUCCUGCAACAUCAUUUUGUAGAAAACGAAGAUGAUUCUUUAAUAAUAGACAAUGAAUGGGCUGAGAGGACGUUGGCAAAAAUAAGGGAGGGCGAAGUACGAACAAUUGACGACAUUAAAAAAUUUAUAUCUGGCAAUAGUUAUGAACCGUAUGGCUUUAGCCAAUGGUAUGAAUAUUUACUUACGACAGAACCUACACAUUCCUGUUUUUGUUCCGUGAUUAAUGGAAGGAACAUAUGGAUAUUAGUUCAAUAUUAUCAACAAGGCUUAUUAGAAAAGAUAUAUUCUAAUGAUCAGAACUCUGAUAGAUUAAAUGUUUGGUUAUUGUACAUUUUAUUUCAUUUACCUAACAAUAUUACAGCGAACUCCACUAGUUUAUUACGAGAUCUCGGCAAGAAAUGUCAAAAUAUAAUUCUAAGAAAUGUAUCAAAUGCAGGAGGGCCAGAGCCUUCUGAUGUAAAUUCUGGUUUACUUGUCUUCACAAAUGAAUUAAACAAUUUAUCCAUUCCGCAACCACCGGAAUACCCAUUUACAAUUGUUGAUCUAACCCUCAUAGUUAUUUCGGAGCUUUAUGGUCAGAAAGAUCUAAUCAAUUGGGAAACAGUUUAUUGUGCUUCAAAGCAAGAUAAAUAA